AUGGCAGCCUUCAAACUUUCUGUAGUGUUCUACUUUCUUUUUCUGGGCGCAUACGCUAAAAACACGAGCCACUCAUCGCAGGAAAUCUUACAGUCGAAUGGAGUCAAGAGUGACGGGCCCAGGUCCGAGACCAAGUCUGACACUACCAUCGAGGCCAUGACUAGGGACGAUAACUCUCAGGAACGCUGUGACAUGGAGCCGGACAACAAAAUAAACGAGCAAUUUACCAAAUACGUUCAGGAAUUCACCGAAUCUGACUCUGGGAAGCUCCUCAAAAGCAUGAUCUCUCGGGGUCCCAUGUCCAAGCUCUCGAGACCCAUCACCAACUUACUUGAAAAGGUCGACAAAGGUCACAUUGAGCGUCUGAAACGUGUUUCUAAGGAGCCUUAUGACAUGACCUGGAACGUUGUUAGCCUCGUUCUUUCGGCAAUCUACACUGUGGUUCUCGCCUACUUGACCAUGGUCUGUCCGCUUUCCAACUACACCAUCCUCACAAUCAGUGCCUACGUGCUCUGUUCUGUCGUGAUGGGACUCUGCCAUGACAUUCUUCCUCUCUGGGCUGUCGCCGCGUUCGGUAUUGUUGGGGACAUUGUCGUCUGGUUCCUGCUCAGCUUCCUCGACAAUGUAAAGAGGAGGCAGAUUUGUGUUUUAUCAGCUUGCAUGGUUUUUUCUAAGAUGGUUUACGACCUCCAUGCUGUUCUCCCUGUGGACUUUAUAAGUCCCAAUUACACUGGAAUUUGUGGAAUCCUAGUCAACUAUAUUUUCCGCUCAAACAGUUUCAUAUUUCUGAGGAUUUCCUAUUUGGUUUUCUUAAUUCUUCUUACUGGCUCAAUUUUCAUACGGCUGCCUUCAUUCGUUGCUGGAGAUCCCAUGGAACUGCAGGAGAUAGAUGUUGGAGCAACUAUCAUGAAGAGGCUCAUUUGCUUCGUUUCAGCUCUCCCUGCUGCCGGAUUUUGCAACCAGAUCUACUCUACCAUAAGAAAAGUUGCCAACCCGCUCGGUAUGAGCCUCAACUUUAAUGCUAUUUUAGGGCCGAUGACUUACUUCGUAAUUCCUACCAAAUUUAGGUUGGAGGAGCUGGGAUCAUAUGUUGCUGUUUUAUCCUGGGUCUCAUUUGCAAUCGCUUACUACGAAUUAAUAAAACAUUCCAAUGAGAAUCAAAUAUUAACACCUCCGAAGAAACGUAGAUCCUGGAGAGCGUAUACCAGAACCAUUUCCAGACUAUAG